GCCGGGCUGAGCCGCCGGAGAAAGGCGGCACCGGCUCCGACCGGGUGGGCGGCCGCCCUCCGACCGACCGCCAUCCGCCUGUCCGGCCGCAUUUCCAUCCAUCCAGGAUAAACCUGGGAAUGAACAAAGGAUGUUUUCACCAUUUUCUUGACGCUGUUGUUGUCUGACGUCAGCACCUUGUUAAUGAUGUUUCCUGACUUUGCUCCAUCAGUGCUUUUCUCAAGAAUUUUGUUGAGGGCCCGGCUGUCCGGGAGGAUGGUGGUGCCUGGGAAUGCCCCGCUGAUCCAGCAGGACCCCGCUCUGGAGCCGGCCCUGGGGAGAGACGCCGCGGAGCACUCGGCCAUGGGCCCGGGCACCGAGCCCCCCGAGGACGUGGGCCCCGAGGUGCGCAAGCUGCGGGAGCUGGUCAGGAGGCUGGAGCUGGACAAUCAGCACGCCAGGAGCAGGGGCAGCAGGACCCUGCUGGGGACAAACGUGCCGGGGGACAUCCGUGCCGGCGUGGAUAACCGCGAGCCCGGCCUCAACGGGACGGAGAUCAACAACAGCAUCAACGCCAUCGCCGAGCAGCAGGAGUUCCAGCUGAUGGCGGAUCUGCGCAGCCAGCUGAGCAAAAUGAGGCAGGAGGAAGGAGAGAACGACUUCAGAAGAGCCCUGGAUGCCCCAGUGCAAUACAGCUGCAACAGUGUCCCCGAGGAGGUGUCUCCCAACGGGGAGCAGAGCCACAGCAAAGGCAGGUGUCCCUCGCCUGUGGAUACAAGUGACAGCUCCGGGCUCCUGGGCAGCCUGCUCAUGGCAGGGAUCCGUGCCCCGGCUGCAAUCCAUGAACAGAAUCCCAGUGAAAAUGGUGCGGAUCUAGAGAGGCUUCCGAGUCACGCGGAUCUGGAUGAAGUCAAAGUGUUAGAACUGGAAAACUGCCCCGAAGAAGAGGAUUGCUGGCUCUAUGUGUCUCCAAGGAAAUCCAUGGAUGAGAAAACAGCCUCUCCUCUGAAAUGGUGCCGGCAGGUGCUGGACAAUCCCAGCCCCGAGAUUGAGGCUGCCUGCAGAACCCUCAUCAACAGGCUGGACCAAGCCAGUAGAUGGAAAAACCUGUAUUGCAGCCCCCUGGCAUCUCCCAGCGCACAUAACCUGAAUUCCGAGGCAGGCUCCUGUAGCAAUGCACUAAACUCUCCUGGGCACCUCAAAUCGACUAACAAAGCACUACUAACCUGUGGCAGCUCAGGGUACCUGAGCAUGCACUCGGCCCUGAGCUCCCAGUCCUCGGUGGACAGCGAGCUGAGCACCUCGGACGACUCCAUCUCCAUGGGCUACAAACUGCAGGACCUCACUGAUGUCCAGGUCAUGGCACGGCUGCAGGAAGAGAGCCUGCGGCAGGACUGCGCCUCCAGCUCCGCCUCCGUGUCCCGGCGCAGCUCCAGCGCCUCCCUGCACUCGCUGCGCCGCGGCACCUACAGCGACCAGGAAUUCGACACCUACAGCCUGGAGGACGAGGACGACUGCGACUGCUCGCUGUCCUUGCGCAGCGCCCACCGCUACUCCCCGUCGCCGCUGAGCUCCCCGCGCUGCCAGUCGCCCUCCUCGGGCGCGGAGCUGGGCAGGGCCGCGGCGUCGCGCCUGCGAGCCCCGCGCAGGGCGGUGCAGAGCCCCAUGCAGGAGCGCCUCAAGUACGCCAACAGCGAAGAGGAGCUGAGGCACAGCAUGCCCAACCUGGCCCGCGGCAGCCUGCGCACGCUCGAGGCCGUGCGGAGCAGCCGCAGCCUGGAGUCCGACCUGCAGGUGCCCAGCAGCCGCAUCCCAAGGACUCAGCAGCGGUCAGCAGGUCUGACUCCCAGCAAGCUCAGGUACUCCUCGGGGGCCGCGCAGUCCCCGCUCACGGCGCGCCAGCCCGGGAAGGCGGCCCCGGGAGCCAACCCCCUGCUGCCCGGCCGGCAGGUGGGGAAGCCCUGCAGCUACACGGCUCCCGUCCCCCCGGUUCGCAAGCCGCAGCUCCACGCGAGCUCUCCCAGCAGCAGUUGCACUUCCAGAGGCACCGCCAUGGUCACUGUGGCCAAAGCCGCUGCCCUGAAGGCACGGCCGGCUGUGGGAGGGGUGGCCGUGCCCAAGGGAAAGGCAACGCCGCCGUCCAGGAGGUACCUCCAGGCAGCGCAGGCCCCCGAGGACGACUCCUGGAAGGAUGGGUGCUACUGACACCCCAGAGCACCUCCGUGGAGCAGAUCCCAGCUGGCUGGGCGUGACCUCACUGGGAAGGGCCCCGAGCCCCUGUCCCUGCUGUACAUAUCCCUCAUUCCUGUGCUCUCCACACCACCCACCUCCCUCUGCUCUGCCGGGAGCCGGGACACACAGCUCCCACCCUUCACGGAAACCCGAGUCUUCCCAGGAAGACUGGAAAAGCCUUAUUUCAUCCACACCCCAGCUGCAGCCCUGGGAAAGGUCUGGCCACCAUCCCCUCCCCGGGGUGCUGCAGGGCUGGGGUGUCCUCUCUGUGCCAGAAGCAGCUCUGAGCUGGUGCUGUGGCAGAGCUCAUGGGGAGUAGAACUAGUGACAUAGGUGUUAGAUUUGAGACUUUUUAAGCCCAACCUGAUGUACUCUAAUAUUUGUCUGGAAUUCAACUGGGUUUGGUUUUUUGGUUUUUUUUUUGGUUUUUUUACUUCUGUAUAGAAUGUAUUUCUGCUACUUUUUAUUGUUUGGUCUAGAGUUGCAGCAGGUUUUUAUAACUGUAGAACACUCUGAGCUGUUGUAUCCAGGUGUCAGCACAGGUCACAAGGAGCAGUACACAAUAUUUGUGUGGGGUGUGAAGAGGCAGGGACAGGGAUGCCACUUAAAAACUGCUGGGCACCAGCACCUUCUUACCUCAGCUGAGCAAGUUCAACACCAAGAGUAAACUUUUUAAAAAUCACCUUCCCUCACAGCUUUGUCUUGAAGUGUUGGAGCUCUCAGCUGCUUCCCAACUGCCCUGACUUUUGUAGAAGUUUUCUACUCUCUCUUAAGGAUUCUGUUCCAGUGUCCUUUUCUUCAGCAAGUGCUGGAUGCUACAAAUACAGUCUUAGUCCAGGAAAUAUGCACUGAUAGCAAUGUUCUCCCUGCCAUCAAUGUGACUUUGAUAGUGUAGUUUAAUAAAAUGUUAUGGUGCUGAAA